UCCUUCCAACACCAAGACUACUAUCCGCUAAACAUGGAGCUGAAUACGGGACCACCGAGGAGCACCGUCCUGGCAGCUGACGAUAAACAACUUUUUUGAGCUCCACAAAGUACAAAGUUCAUCAGCUCGCCGUUCACUUUGGUGACCGGACCCACGGGAACAGACCAAAGUUAGCAAUGUACACACACGACCGUCAUCAAGGAACCAGUACUAGUUUGAUUGGCAUCAGAGCACGAAGCCAUAUGCGAUUAUAAUCCAAGUCGGUGUUAAGUCACUGCCGCAGCUAGCUACAAUUCGGGAGUCACAUCGGCAAGAUGCGUUUCAACUUUCCUGGAGCUAUAUAGCGCUCCAAUUCUCUUUGUUCCCCGCAUCCAUCAUAUCUGCAGAGAUGCAGUCAUCCCGUACAGACGAUCUCUCCCCUCUCCCCGUAUUCUCUCGGCGGAAGACCUCUAGGUUGCGGGGACCGCGCCCAUGCAGCUGGCUUCAAACGGGCAUAAUAAGAGAAGAAAAUGAAGGGAGCUGGUCAUGGACACGUCGGCAGGCCGACCUGUCCAGAACAUCAACACUAUGCUCCCGCACAUCUUGCGACUCUUCUUCAUCCAAUCAGUCCAGUCUCACUUCCGAGUCCUCGUCCGGCUCAUCGUCAUAUAUUGACGAAACACAGAAUUCGCCAUUUGAUCACCAGUCGUCGCGCAGACACAAACGUCGCCCUCAACGGCGAAUACCAUCGGGUCCUCGACCUCCAUCUUCUCCACAUUCUCCCAGUUCUCCCGUGCGACCUACACUUUCUGUUAAUACAUCACUGUUACCCCCCGUUACCCUUGAGCAGCCUGUCCUUCCGCUGCCCCUGGCGGAGUUCCCACAUAUAGCACCAACCGAACCUACGACUCCCGUACCUCAGUUACCUCCAGCGAUUGUAUAUUCGCCCUCAGAUAUACUAGAUUGGGACGCAAUUUUUGAGGUGCUAGCUUUGGAAAGCAAUCCAUAGUUUGGGCUUGGAGCAGUUUAGACCGCGAGUUUCUCGCACACAUUCACAUAGCAUACUCACGCAUUUGUGGUCAUGGACACUCCAUUUUAUGAUCUCAUGAUUUAGUUUCUCUCGCAAUCUAAUAGGCGGUUUGUGGCGCUCAUUUAGCUACAUCUUUCUUCCACGUUCCUUUUUAGUUGAACGUGGUCGAUAAAAUACUGUAUAUUAUUACAAUGAAGGGUAUUAUGAAAAGGAAUGAUUUUUAAGAUCUUUCUAUUUGGAUUGCCUAGCUACCAACUGCCUACGGGAGACCAAAUAACACGAUACCAUAGGGAUUCAGGCCUAUUCAAUAUUCAGGUCCUGAACCAACUAUAGUCUAGGGCUCGGGAAUAUUUAGGUCACAAGAUUAGGCCUAGGCAACGAAAUUGAGAAAGAAAACAAUGU